UCUCGGACCAUUUUCUCUCCCCCCCAAACAAGAAAAAAUCAGGGAAAACGAAAGAUCAGAGAAAAUUGAAAGGGGCCCCUCUCCAUUUUCUCUAUUCACUUACAAUCAUAUUCCGAUCGGUCGUCAUAAUCUCGACAACGGUGGAGAGAAAACGGCAGAGCGUUCGAUUCCGGAAACAUGGGGAAGAAGAACUUCAAGUCCAAGCCGUCAUGGCCGAGAACCGUCGUGAGGAAGUGGCUGAACCUACGGAGCGGUGCCUACGAAUUUCACUCCGAUUACGCCGUUAGAGGGAUAGUAGAGCCGAUGAGAAAGAGUUGCUCCGACGUGAUCGCGGCGGAGGGUUUUCCGGCCACGUGUACGGUGGGAGAUCAUCAUGUUUCGCCACCUAUUAAAAGUCUUCAGUUUAGGUGGUGGUCGACGGAAGAAAAUGGAGAUAUAGAACAAUACAAGGGUGAACCGGAUGUGCCACGUGGCGAUGAUAAACUCGAUCUCAAAAUGUUCGUGGGGACAUGGAACGUGGGAGGGAAGUCGCCACAUGAAGGAUUGAACUUAAAAGAAUGUCUGAAAUCUCCAGCACCGGCCGACAUUUACGUUCUCGGGUUUCAAGAAAUUGUGCCCUUGAACGCCGGCAACGUUCUAGGAGCCGAAGACAACGGGCCGGCUGCCAAGUGGCUAUCUCUGAUUCGUCAAGCCUUGAGCAACAACAACAACAACAAUUUAUCCCAAAACGACCCCGAACUUCUUAGAAAUCAGAAACUCCCCCCAAAAUUUAUGAAAUCUUCAUCGCAACCCCAAUUCAGCUUCUGCGACUUGCUCUCAAGGGAGGAUGAACUAGUCAAAGAGAAUUCCGAAAGAUUUUUGCGCUCGGACCCUGAUCUUCACGAUGAAACUUCACAAAGCCCCGAAAGUUUCAUUUCGAACAAUCAAGCCCCUCGCCGCUAUUGCCUUGCAGCUAGUAAGCAAAUGGUGGGGAUUUUUUUGUGUGUUUGGGUUAGAGAUGAUCUUUGUAAACAUAUUACCAACCUCAAGGUUUCAUGCGUCGGUCGUGGCAUCAUGGGAUAUCUCGGGAAUAAGGGUUCGAUAUCUAUUAGCAUGUCAUUGCACCAAACCAGUUUAUGUUUUGUUUGUACACAUUUGACAUCUGGAGAAAGAGAAGGCGACGAAUUUAGAAGAAACUCGGACGUGAUGGAAAUACUGAAGAGGACAAGAUUUUCUCGUUCUUGUAAAGAUUUAGGACCCGAGACAAUAAUGAAUCACGACAAGGUAAUAUGGCUUGGAGAUCUGAAUUAUCGGUUAAGGGCGAGUGGCGGCGACGUCCAUGAAUUGCUCAAGAAAAAUGAUUGGGAAUCACUUUUAGAGAAAGAUCAGCUAAAGAUAGAGCAGAGAGCCGGAAGAAUAUUUAAAGGGUGGAAAGAAGGGACGAUAUGUUUUGCACCGACGUAUAAAUAUACAACGGGCUCGGACGAUUACGUCGUUCAUACGUCGAAAUCGAAGGACAAACGCAGAAUUCCAGCUUGGUGCGAUCGAAUACUAUGGAAAGGUGACGGGUUGAAACAGAUGAUGUACGUGAGAGGGGAAUCGAGAUUCUCCGACCACCGACCGGUUUACUCGUUAUUUUCAGUUCAAAUUGAUUUGGUUAAGGAUCAUCUAAACCGGAGAAAUAAUCCGGUUAUCAAGAAAUGUGUGGCCAAAGUUCAAGCCGAAGAGCUCUUUCUGAUCUCUCGGGCACAAAGCUGUAUAGGCACUAAGCCUAGACUUGUACCGUUUGCUUCGUGAAAUUCCUUUUUCGCUUCUCCUUCAAAUACCCAAUUGUAAAGAUACACGUGGAGAUUUUGCAGACGGUGUGGCUGAGCGACACGUGGAUAAUCUAAGGGUUGAGAAAACAUGGUGGGCCAGGUGAGCGAGCGGGCCGAAUUGGCCCAAUCAAAAUUAUCGAUUUUUUUUUUUGGGAAAAAUGUUAAUAUUGUGUUCAAGUCUCUUUAAAUUUAAAAUA